AUGAAUGUACGUGGGGAUUUUAAUUCUGCUGGUGGUGAUAAGGAUGGUGGAAAUGUGGGUGGAAUGUGCCAUGGUGGUGUGGGUGGGGAAGGAUCGUCAUGCCCUAGAAAUGAUGCACCCAUAUGGGAAGGGUCUUGCAAUGUCAGCAUGAAUGGAUCAGUAUCAAAAGGGGAGCCGGGUUCUGCGAGGAGUGUGGAUGGGAAGGAGCAGGAGGAGCGGGACUGGGAGCAGGGCAGAGAAGAAGCCGAGGAGGGGAGUGCGGAGGGGGGUGGGGAGAAAAAUGAUGGAGGGGAGGAUGGAAGGGAGGAUGGAAGGGAGAAUGAGGAUCAUUUUGUACCUGGAUGCUUCAUGCAUUUGAAUCCAAGUGAAAGUGCGCGUGCAAAUGCAGGGAACACAUGCAUGGUGGCUCUCGACUCAAGAGCGAGUGCAUGUGCAGCUGCAAGGGAUCCCAGUGGAGCGGCAUGGGCAUGUGCUUUCGCGGAACCAGCUUACCCUUCUCCUGCCAGCUAUAAGAUCAUGGCUCCUGGCUCGCAGCUUGCUGCCCCUGUAGCUCCUGAGAUCGCACGUGGAAAGCAUUUAGAGCAGGAAUUGGUGAGAGCGGGAGAUCUAGCAGCAUUGAUCCGGGAUGCCCCUAAUGCGCCAGAAAUUGCAGGUGGAGAGCCAUUGCUGCUUGGGGAAUCACUGGAAGAGACACGGGUCGUGGGAGGAGCAAGCAAUCUAGCAGAGCUGAUUAGGAAUACCCCUGAUGGUUCGGUGAUGGCAGAUGGAGAGCGUUUGCUGCUCGGGGGUGCUCUGGAAGAGGGACCGGUACCGGGAGGAGCAAGCAAUCUGGCAGUGCUGAUCGGCGAUGUUCUGAAAAUCACAGACGUGGAGCCUUCGGUGCUUGGGAAUGCUCUGGAAGGGUCACGGGUCGCGGGAGGAUCAAGAAAUCUGGCAGCACUGAUUGGAGGAGAAGAAGCCCUGGUCGCAGGAGGAGAAGAUGAUCGAGCAGAGUUGAUUGGAGACAAGCUUAAGCUCCCAAACGGCUUCCCAAAUGGCCUUUCUAAUGGUUCCCAAACGGCAGAUGACUUUCGGUGUGCCGGGAACAGGAAGCCAGCAGGGCGGUCUGGAGAGAAAGGGGAGGAAGAGGAGCGUAGGGAGAAGUCGAGGAAGGAAGGAGAGGAAGGGAUGCAAGGGGACGCAGAGUGGAAUGUGGUGCUGAGUCACAUGCAGGAGGUUGCUGCUGCUGCGUCUUCUGAGUCAGGCAAUGCUGGGAUGGACACUUGGGGGGUUGCUGCUGCUGCAUCUGCUGAGACAGACAUUGCUGCGCUAGACUCUCAGAUGUUGAAGGAUAAAGUGGCUCUUGAUGGGUUGACUCUAGAAGGCGUGACUGUAGAGGGUGUGUCUCCAGUCGGCAUCACUGUGCAGGGUGUGAUAGUGGAAGAUGUGACUUUAGAGGGGGUGACAGCAGCAGGUGCUGCAGAGGAUGAUACUUCUGGAGAGAAGCUGUCAGGGCGGUCUGGAGAGAAAGGAGAGGAAGGGGAGCGUGCGGAGAAGUUGAGGAAGGAAGGAGAGGAAGGGAUGCAAGGGGAUGCAGAGGAGUGGGAUGCGAUGCUGAGUCACAUCCAGGAGUUUUCUGCGCAGUCUGGCAAUGCUGUGCUGGAUGCUUGGAUGCUGGAGGACCUAGUGCCGCUUGGUGGGUUGACUCUAGAGGGCGUGACUGUGGAGGGUGUGACUGUGGAGGGUGUGACUAUGGAGGUUGUGGCUCCUAAUGGUGCGACUAUGGAGGGUGUGGCUCCCAAGGGUGUGAGUGUGGAGGGUGUGGCUCCCAAGGGUGUGAGCGUGGAGGGUGUGGCUCCUAACGGUGUGAUUGUGGAGGGUGUGGCUCCCAAGGGUGUGAGUGUGGAGGGUGUGGUUCCUAACGAUGGUGUGAGCGUGGAGGGUGUGGCUCCUAACGGUGUGAGUGUGGAGGGUGUGGCUCCCAAGGGUGUGAGUGUGGAGGGUGUGGUUCCUAACGAUGUGAGUGUGGAGGGUGUGGCUCCCAAGGGUGUGAGUGUGGAGGGUGUGGCUCCUAAUGGUGUGAGUGUGGAGGGUGUGGCUCCUAACGCAGCAGGUGCUGCAGUGGAGCUGCACUGGCACUGCAGCUCUGGCUGCUUCGUUUAG